AUGCUCUCCAACAGUGUCUCCGCCACCCCUCGACCGCGACCCCCAGCAAAGACUCGCAAAAUCCCUUCCAUCCAGUUCUCCAGGCCCCCACCCCCUCCGUAUGUACUCGAGGAGGAGAUGACGCUGGGAUCCCCCAUCCCCCCGCCGCUGGUAGCCUCCGACGUCAGGCGUCUGUCUCUUCCUACACACCCUGGCGAGGACUGGAACGACAGGUCGAGAGAAGAGCUGUCCGGGCUGCUUUUGAAGGCAGACGAGCUGAUCAAGUCGCGUGAAACAGAGCUCAGCUUCACCUCCGCGCUUUGCAAGAGCCUGUACGAAGGUAACAUCAAGCUCAAGACGAAGCAUGACACCUUAAUCUCCCGCAUCCCUUCCACGCGCACCGCCUCUCCCGCACCUAUUACACCCCUCGUAUCUACCGCGCCAACCUCCCCAUCGCUCGCACCAACUCCUAUAAUCCAGUCGCCGUUCAUGCUGGGCGACAGCCGUGUGCUCUCCCCUGGCCCCACUACCCAACGCAUCCACCAUUCCCGCCGCAUAUCCGUCACGCCCACCGAGCUCGCGCACCUCGCAGACCAGAACGCCGAGCUGCUCGACAAGCUGGAGAAGCUGGAGGCUGAGUCCCAGCAGGCGGACCAGGCGGGGAAGCGGAAGCUGCACAAGCUCGAGAAGGAGAUCCAGACGCUCCGCGAGGAGCUUGAGAGCACGCAGGCGAAGGGCGCAGAGCUGGAAGAGCAGGCAAAGGCAGCGAACAUGAGCGCGUCAGAAGUUCAGCGGAGGAAGGAAGAGCGCGUGGAACGGCUGAAGGCACUCAAGGAGAAGUCUGCUUCAGGACCUGAUUUCGCAAGCGAGGAGGUCAGGGAUUUCGCUCCCCCAUCUAAGUUGCCGAAGUAUCGCCCUCAUACGACCAGCAUUGAUAGUGCUGAAGAGGUUUCUGCAGCCCUUGCCGCAGACCUCUCCGGCGGAGCUUCUCUGUCAGAUCCUUCGGAAUCCGACGGGUCAGAUCACAGUCAUGACGACGGGGAGAAUGACACCUCUUCCUUUCUCCCCAUGCCAUACCCCUCCCGUUCAUCGUCUCAGCUAGUCGCGGAAAGUGCGAUUGUUUCGCAACUGCUGCUUAAGAUCCGCGAGCUGGAGGAAACCAACGCACAAAUCAUUGAAGACCAGAGAGCGACUGGCGGGCGGCUUCGAGCAGCGCAGCGGGACGCCGAGGGUAUCAGGCAGCUGUACGACUGCUUGAGCGACGGGGCCGAGGUGGAACUCCAAGUUGGACCAGACGAUGCGGAUUCCCCGGUCAAGGGAGAAAGCGUCUUCUCUGGGGACACGAUCAAGUUCAGCAGUUUACGCAGGACUAUUGAUAGCGACCUGAGCGGAUACCUCAGCGCGGCGCCGGAUCCCUUCGCGAGUGGUAUUACCAAUGACAUGCAGAGCACCACCAGAAGUAUCCAUGUUCCCAACAUGAGCAGCGGAAGCCACAAAACGCGCAAGUCUGUUGUGGGCCUCUUUGAUCGCCCAGUGGAGCCUUCUCCUGCUUUCGUUCCGUCGGGCUCCGUCCGACUGGCACCGACUGGGGACUUCUCCAUCCUGUCGACUGCUACUACGAAUGGCUUGAACCCUCUGUCGCCUCCCCUCAGUAGCCUGCAAACUCCGGACGGGCUUGGGUUUGGCCGGACAUUGGGCAGCGAACUUGGAAGUGAGUUCGGGGAUGACUGGGGCGAGAAUGCCGGCAACCACCACUUGCGCACCAGUAGCCUGUACGAUCUCGCUGCGUUCAAUAUUUCGCGGGACAUGUCCUCGACAUCGCUUGUGUCUCCGACGGCUGAGAAGUCUGGGUUCGCCUUCCCUUCUUUGGAGACCCCUUCUAGCUCAGGGACGACGCGACAAGGCGAGUGGGAAGAAAACCUCAGUCCGUCCACUCCACCGUUCUCCCCUUCUCGUCCGGGUGGCCCCCAGUUUAACAUCCAGCCCCCGACCCCGAGUCCUGACAAGCUACGCGAAGCCUCGUUUACGAGGAGUCUCCGCCUCUCACAAAUUGUGCACUCCCGCACGCACCGAUGGGUCGAGCGUCGCUCCGCGCACCUACCCGAAACGCAGAUCACGAUGCGCAGCCGUCGUUCCUUCGCAGACACCAGCAGAAGCUUGGACACCGAUGGGGAGUCUUUCGACCAGGCUGCGCAGGCACCCCCAGGCGCCGUCAUUUCGGAAAAUGUAUCGAUGUCUGCACGCACGAAGCGCGCUGCCGACGGCGACGCAGGCGCUGAUAGCGGUGCGGAGGCCGAAGGAGACUGCUCGGCGUUGGAGCUGCGUGGCAUGUCUUGUCCGCACACCUCGGCGGUGUUGCGUGCCGAGUCAAGCCGGCAGGAAGGGUUCGUGGGCGUCAUGCUGGAGGUGUGGUUGUGGAUCCAGUUCGUGAUCGUCGUGUUCGUCUUCCUGUGGGCGAUGGCGAAGCGCGGGCCGAAGAACGUAUUGGAGGAGGCGGAGCGGCGGAGGGCGCAGCAGGCGUCGAGUUCGGGAUAA